CUCUCUACGUUGGCUCUCUUCUUCGCUCCUGUCUCUCUCUCUCCUCGAUCGCGCGCGAGCGUGAACAAAACCCUAGAACCCGAUUUCGCCGUCGACUUCGCCGUAUUCGAUUACUCUCCCCUUCGAUCGGGACAUGCUACAUGGAUCACAAUGAAAAGAAACAAGCAAGGAUUAGAAGGGCAAUGAUCAUGCGUGGAAAGAAAAUGAAAACCUCAUAUCCAUGUGAAAAUCUAAUUCCAGUACCUGUCUUGAAUUCUAAUGGUUCUCAAAAUCUUGAGAGUAAUUUGAGCCAUAUGGUGAGCAAUAAUAGCAUGUCAAGAACUCCUCUGAGUGAUAUUUCAAAUUCUAAUUCUGUGCUUUGCUUUUCUGAUGGUGAUAAACGAUCUACCUAUCAUUUCGAAAGGACAUCAAUUACCGACCCUUCUUUUUCAUCCAUCAUUCAUCCAGAUUAUGUGAAUAUCUCAAACAUAUAUUUCCCUCACCAAAUCCGAGUUGGAGAGCAUAUCAUUCAAGAUAGAAACGUAUUAGAGUCACUUUCAUGGAAUGCUAAUAAGGAUGAGGAAUUUUCAAUGGUUGACAAACAUCUAAACGAUGGUGCUAAUACUAGAGGUCCUAAUCAUCUUGGAUUCUGUGCCAACCACAUUGUUGACGAAGGUUCCUCUAUCGAUUAUAUGCAGAAAAAGAAUGCGCGAUUGAAGAGAAGUUUAAUUAUGAGAGAAAAGCGCGCUAAGAUGCAAAAGCAUGCUACAUAUAUUGAUGUUGAUGUUGAUGUUGAUGAAAAAGAGUCACAGUACAAUUUGGAUGCAACAGAUUAUUGGAAUUUGGGAGAUUCUACUUAUGCAUGUGAAUUUUGCGGUGCAUUGUUCUGGUAUGAAGAAAGGUUGGAGAAGGAUAAGAGAUUAACUAGGCCGAGAUAUUCUAUAUGUUGCAUGCAAGGAAAAGUUGAACUGCCAUUGCUCAAAGAUCCACCUUCUACACUCAAUAAUUUAUUGCAUAACAAGGACUCCAGAAGCAAUCACUUUUUAAAAAAGAUCAGAUCUUACAAUAUGAUGUUCUCAUUUACGUCAAUGGGAGGACAAAUUGACUCUACAAUAAAUCAAGGAGGGGGGCCAUACGUAUUUAAACUACAUGGCCAAAAUUGUCAUAUGAUUGGAAGUUUGCUUCCAACUCAAGGCUCGCGUCCAAGAUUUUCGCAGCUCUACAUUUAUGAUACAGAUAAUGAAGUUUUAAAUAGAAUAAGUGCCAUAAGUUCAAGUAGAAGUUCUGAUGAAUUUGACCCCACAAUUGUUAACGAGCUCAAAAGUAUGCUAGAUGAUUGCAAUUGUUUAGCCAAAUCAUUCAGAAUGGCAAGAGAUAGAUUUGUAGCAGAAGAUUAUCAAGACUUGAAAUUGAGACUAUUAAGAAAAAGAGGAACUGAUGGAAGAAGAUACAAUCUUCCAACCUCAUCUGAAGUGGCGGCUCUUAUUGUUGGAGAUAUUGAAAAAAACACUGUUGAAAGAGAUAUUGUAGUCGAAACUCAAACAGGCUUAUUACAACGAAUACAUGAACUACAUCCAUCCUAUCUUCCAAUGCAGUAUCCUUUGUUAUUUCCUUAUGGUGAAGAUGGAUAUGGAGAUGACAUUCAGAUUAGAGGAUCAAAUUUUUUUUCAUCCAAAAAGCGGAGGAGAGUGACAAUGAGAGAAUACUUUGCAUUUAGAAUCCAAGAUAGAGCUGGAGAAGCUGCAACAAUAUUAUCAUCAAAAAGAUUAUUUCAACAAUUUGUGGUUGAUGCAUAUACUAUGAUAGAAUCACAGAGAUUAUCUUAUAUAAGAUCUCAUCAGAAGAAUCUAAGAGUAGAAAUAUACAAGGGUCUAUCAGAAGCUUUCUUAAGGGGUGAAACAAGUGCAUCUUCGCUAGGAAAACGCACCAUCCUUCCAUCUUCAUUCACCGGAGGUGCACGUUAUAUGAUCCAGAACUAUCAAGAUGCAAUGGCUAUAUGUAAGUGGGCGGGUUAUCCGGAUCUCCUUAUUACUUUCACAUGCAAUCCAAAAUGGCCAGAAAUGACAAAAUUUACUGUUGAUAGAGGGCUAAAACCUGAAGAUCGUCCAGAUAUAAUGUGCAGAAUUUUUAAAAUAAAACUCGAUGAAUUGAUUAGAGAUUUGAAGAAAAAGCAAUUUUUUGGCAAGGUAAAAGCUGUUGUCUACACUAUAGAGUUUCAAAAGCGUGGUCUACCGCAUGCUCAUAUUUUAUUAUUUUUGAAUGCCGAAGAUAAAUACCCAACUGGUGAUGAUAUUGAUAAAAUUAUCUCUGCUGAAAUUCCUAAUAAACACAAGCAUCCAGUUUUGUACGAAGCUGUUCAAAACUUUAUGAUACAUGGUCCUUGUGGGAUAUCUCAUAAAAGCUCUCCCUGUAUGAAGGAUGGGAAGUGUUCCAAAUAUUUUCCUAAAAGGUUUAAUAGUGGAACAGUUAUCGAUGAUGAUGGCUACCCCAUCUACAAGCGUAGAGAUGAUGGUUCGACCGUUGAAAAGAAUGAUGUCCUUUUGGAUAAUAGAUUUGUAGUACCAUAUAAUCCAUUGCUUCUAAUAAAGUAUCAAGCUCACAUCAACGUGGAAUGGUGCAAUCAAUCAAGGUCCAUAAAAUAUCUAUUCAAAUAUGUCAAUAAAGGACAUGAUCGUGUUACUGCAGCAUUCUAUCAGAGUACAAGUGAAUCUGAACACUUGCAAGAUGAAAUCAAGAUGUACUAUGACUGUAGGUAUGUAUCUCCAUGUGAGGCUGUAUGGAGGAUCUUUGGCUUUGAUAUCAAUUAUAGAGAACCACCAGUUGAGAGGUUAUCUUUCCAUCUCCAAAAUGAGCAAACUGUUGUCUUUGAUGAUGAUGAGCCUAUUGAUUCUAUUGUAGGAAGAACUGGAAAUAAUCAAACUAUGUUUUUGGCUUGGAUGGAAGCUAAUAAGAAUUUUGAGGAGGCUAGAAAUUUGACUUAUGGAGAAUUUCCCACCAAAUUUGUAUGGAAAAAAGAUCUUCGCAGUUGGCGUCCAAGGAAACGCGGCUUCUCAAUUGGAAGACUAUAUUAUAUUCCACCAGGAAGUGGUGAAUUACAUUACAUGCGAAUUUUGUUGAACUUUUGCAAAUGCCCUAAAAGUUAUGAAGACAUCAAAACUGUGAAUGGUGUUCUAUACCCUUCGUACAAAGAUGCUUGCUAUGCGUUGGGGUUGUUGGAUGAUGACAAAGAGUAUAUAGAUGGUAUUAAAGAAGCAAGUUCAUGGGGUUCGGCUCAUUACUUAAGAAGACUUUUUGCAACUAUGUUAUUCUCAAAUUGUCUAUCUAGACCAGAAUUUAUUUGGGACACUAUUUGGCAUCAUUUAGCUGAUGAUAUCUUGCACAAACAGAGGACUCUACUUCAGCACAAUACUUUGCAGUUAAAAGAUGAUGAGUUGAAAAUUUUGACUCUUGCUGAGAUUGAUAAGUUGUUGCGUAGCAACGGAAAAAGUCUUGCAGAAUUUCCUCCGAUGCCUUUACCUAAUGAACAUCUUUUACUUGGAGCCAGAAACAAGCUUCUUCAAGAUGAACUUUGUUAUGAUAGGAAUUACAUGACAAGAGAGCACAAAACCUUGAUGUCAUCUCUUACUGAUGAACAAAAAAGUGUCUAUGAGACAAUAAUUAGUGCUGUGUCAAAGAAUGAGGGAGGUGUUUUCUUUCUGUAUGGUUAUGGUGGAACAGGAAAAACUUUCAUAUGGCGAACUUUAUCUGCAGCCAUAAGGUCUAAGGGUCAAAUUGUUCUUAAUGUUGCUUCUAGCGGAAUAGCAUCACUUCUACUUCCGGGGGGAAGAACAGCUCACUCUAGAUUUGGGAUCCCACUAGCAAUAACUGAGGAAUCGACCUGUAAUAUAAAACAGGGUAGUGAUCUGGCAGAGUUGUUAAUUCAUACGAAGCUUAUCAUAUGGGAUGAGGCUCCAAUGGCACACAGGUUUUGUUUUGAAGCUCUUGACAGGACAUUAAGAGAUAUUCUACGGUUUUCUAAUUCAUCAAGUUGUGAGCAACCAUUUGGGGGUAAAGUCGUCGUUUUUGGAGGUGAUUUCAGGCAAAUUCUUCCGGUUAUUCCUAAAGGGACAAGACAAGAUAUUAUUUUUGCAACUAUUAAUUCUUCUUAUCUUUGGAGUUUUGUUAAGGUUCUUACUUUAACAAAAAAUAUGAGGCUAGAGACAGGCUCAUCUAAUUACAAUCUAGAAGAGAUGAGAGAGUUCUCAAAGUGGAUACUAAGUGUUGGAGAUGGAGAAGCCGGUGAGGAGAAUGAUGGUGAAGAAAUUAUAGAAAUACCUGAUGAAUUUCUCAUAAAGGAAUCAACAAAUCCAAUUGCAUCAAUAGUGGAUUGUACGUAUCCUUCAUUGUUAAGCAAUAUUCAUGAUUUGCAAUACCUACAAGAAAGAGCGAUUCUUGCUCCUACUCUUGAAAUUGUGGAUGCUGUGAAUGAAUACAUGCUUUCAUUGCUUCAUGGUGAAGAAAAAAUUUAUUUGAGCUCUGACAGUGUUUGUAAGACAGAUGUGGGCCUAGAUGGUCCUGAAGAUGUAUAUACACCUGAUUUCUUAAACAGUAUUAAAUGUUCAGGAGUUCCUAAUCACAUGAUCAAAUUGAAGCAAGCUGCUCCUGUGAUGUUAUUGAGAAACAUAGACAAGUCUUUAGGUUUAUGCAAUGGAACCAGAUUAAUGAUCACUCAAUUGGGAAAACAUAUACUAGAAGCAAAAGUGAUCUCUGGGAGCAAUAUUGGGGAGAAGGUGUUUAUACCCCGUAUGGUGAUUACUCCAUCAGACUCCAAGUUACCUUUUAAAAUGCAACGAAGGCAAUUUCCGUUGGCUGUUUGUUUUGCUAUGACAAUAAACAAGAGUCAAGGUCAAUCGUUAUCAUAUGUUGGCUUAUAUCUUCCUAGACCGAUAUUCAGUCAUGGUCAGUUAUAUGUUGCAAUAUCUAGAGUUCGAAACAAGGACGGAUUGAAUAUUCUAAUUUGUGAUAAAGAUGGUUUGUUAUCCAAAACCACAAGUAAUGUGGUUUUUAAAGAAGUGUUUCAAAAUUUAAAAUAGGUGAGCGGUUUAUUUUUCUUCAUGUUAUUUCAAAUUUUACAAUUA